AUGGAUUUACUUCUAGGAAAUAAUUUCUGUCAACUUUAUGGACCUUUCACUCAAUGGUUAGACAGAGUAUCUUUUCAUCUUAAUCAAGAAAUGAUUUUGAUUAAAAAGGUUACAAAGGCUUUUCAAAUUGAAAAACCAAAUUUUCUUGAAUCCAUGAAAAAAGAUUCAAAGAUAAAACAAAUUCCUGGAACCAAUAUAGCUCGAGAAGUUAUAAAAGUAGAAAGGAUAUUUUUAGUUGAAAUACAAAAGUUUCAAAAAAUUGAAGAACUACUUGAAAAAGUUUGUUUAGGAAAUCCUAUUAAUUCUGAAAAAUCCAAAAAAUGGAUGAAAGCAUCAAUAGAACUCAUUGAUCCUAAAACUGUUAUCAGGGUAAAACCUAUGAAGUACAGUCCUCAGGACAGGGAAGAAUUUAAUAAACAAAUUAAGGAAUUACUUGAUUUAAAAUUAGUUAUUCCAAGUAAAUCACCUCACAUGUCUCCAGCAUUCUUAGUUGAAAAUGAAGCUGAAAAAAGAAGAGGGAAAAAACGUAUGGUUGUAAAUUAUAAAGCCAUUAAUGCAGCUACUAAAGGCGACAGCCAUAAUCUCCCUUGUAUGCAGGAACUACUAACUCUUUUAAGAGGAAAAACCUAUUUUUCCAGUUUCGAUUGCAAAAAUGGUUUUUGGCAGGUAUUGUUAGAUGAAGAAUCUCAGCUACUAACCGCAUUUACAUGUCCUGAUGGUCAUUAUCAAUAG